AAGAAUAACACACUUCAUUUUUCUCUUUCAAUGGCAAAAACAAUCUUCAUAAUCCUCAUUUUCUUUGUUUUUUCUUCUUCUUGUUUUGCUAGUGAUCCAUUUUCAGAAGCACUUUUGAGCUUAAAAUCAGAGCUCAUAAUUCCAUCAGAAAAUGUGUUAAAUGAUUGGAAAAUCCAAGAAAAUCAAACCCCAUCUUCCAAAAUCAUAGCUUGUUCAUGGACAGGCAUAAAAUGUGAUGAAAACAUGACAAAAAUCACAUCUUUAGACCUUUCUUUCAAGAAUCUUGGUGGGGUUCUGUCACAUAAUCAAUUUGGUCAGUUUCUUGAUUUAAUUGAUUUAAAUAUUAGUCACAAUUCAUUUAGUGACCAAAUCCCAGUUGGGAUUUUUAAUCUUAGUAAUUUAAAAACAUUAGAUAUUAGUAGAAACAAUUUUUCAGGUGUUUUCCCAUCUGGGAUUUCAAAGCUUGAAAAUUUGGUUGUUUUUGAUGCUUUUAGUAAUAGCUUUUCUGGGUCAUUGCCAAAAGAUGUGUGUGAAAUUUGGUCACUAAAAGUGUUGAAUUUUGCUGGUAGUUAUUUUAGUGGAAGUAUUCCUAGUGAAUAUGGAUAUUGUAAAAGCCUUGAGUUUCUUCACUUAGGUGGUAAUUUUUUAACUGGUAAUUUACCUAAAGAAUUUGGGCAGUUAAAAAAUAUUGUGCAUAUGGAAAUAGGUUAUAAUAUGUAUGAAGGUGGCAUUCCUUGGGAAUUUGGUAAUAUGAGUCAGCUUCAGUAUCUUGACAUAGCUGAUGCUAAUCUUUCGGGUCCUAUUCCGAAAGAUUUAGGUAAUUUGACUAAACUCGAUACGUUGUUUCUGUUUAAAAAUCGUCUUUCUGGGAUGAUACCGACCGAGUUUGGUGAUAUUUUGACACUUUCAAGCUUAGAUGUUUCGGAUAAUAUGCUUACUGGUCCUAUUCCAGAAAGCUUUUCCAACUUGAAAAACUUGAAGUUGUUAAGUGUUAUGUAUAAUGAUAUGAAUGGUUCUGUUCCUGAUGGUAUAGCUAAGCUGCCUAAUCUCGAAUCGUUGCUUAUUUGGGAUAAUUUUUUUAGUGGUGAACUUCCACAAGAAUUAGGUAAAUAUUCGAAACUCAAAUGGGUUGAUGUUUCAACAAAUGAUUUUGUUGGGGUUAUUCCACCUGAUAUUUGCUCAGGGGGAGAGUUAAGUAGACUUAUGCUCUUUUCGAAUUAUUUUUCGGGUGGGCUUUCUUCUCUAUCCAAUUGUUCUUCUCUUGUUCGUGUGCGUCUUGAAGAUAACUUGUUUUCUGGUGGGAUUCCUUUUGAUAUAUUUCAUGCUACAAAUCUUGAGCAUUUUAAUGUGUCUAGUAAUCCUAGUCUUGGAGGAAUACUCCCCGAAAAGAUAUGGUCUUUGCCUGUUCUCCAGAAUUUGUCAGCCAUAUUUUGCAACAUUUCGGGUAUUGUUCCUGGAUUUCAGUCAUGUAAGUUGUUAUACGUUAUUGAGUUGAAUGGAAAUCAUUUAUCAGGAACUAUCCCAGAAAGUUUGUCAGUUUGUGAGAAUCUUGGAAUGUUAAAUUUAGCUGAAAAUAACUUAUCUGGUGAAAUCCCAGUCAAGUUAGGAAGCUCGUCGAAGUUGAAGUUUCUUAAUUUGUCAUAUAAUGAUCUUUCGGGUUCGAUUCCUAUGGAGAAUAGUUUCAAAGCAAUGGAUAGUAAUUCAUUUCUUGGAAACCCGAAUCUUUGUGGGGCACCCCUAGCAAGACCAUGUCAUCAUGGAAAAGCAAUAAGCGAGGGUUUGGAUCUGGGAAGCAGGAGUCACAAGGUUGCUUGGGUGAUCGUAUUAUGUGCAGUGGUGGUUCUACUCGUGUGUUUCCUUAUAGGGAUCGUUUAUUACCGGAGACAUAAUGUGAAUCGCCACUGGAGAAUGGUGUCAUUUGGUGGGUUACCUGAGCUCACGGCUGCUGAUGUUCUCAAGAGUUUUGAUUCUGUUGAAGCUGUGGAAACACCAUAUUCAUCAAAUUCAGUUUGCAAAGCGGUUUUGUUAACUGGGAUGACAGUAAUAGUAAGAAAGAUCGAAUGGGGAACAAAAAGUUCCAAUCUUUUGAUGGAUUUUAUAAACCGAUUAGGGAACUCUCAACAUAAGAAUUUGAUUCGGUUGUUGGGUUUUUGCUACAACAAGAAUCUUGGUUAUUUGUUGUAUGAAUAUUUGCCUAAUGGAGAUCUUGAUGAAAAGAUUGGAGUCAAGAGAGAUUGGGGUUCAAAACAGAGGCUUGUGGUUAACAUUGCAAAAGGGUUAUGUUUUCUUCACCAUGAUUGUCGCCCUGCUAUUCCCCAUGGAAAUUUAAAGGCGAGUAACAUAGUUUUUGAUGAAAAUAUGGAGCCACAUUUGGCGGAAUUCGCUUUCAAAACAAUAUCUGCAAUGGAAACAGGCGAUUACAAGGGCCUCAUGGAACAUGAGUUAACUGAUGAUAUCUUUGACUUUGGGGAAGUUGUUUUGGAGAUUUUAACAAAUUGUAAGCGGAAAAAUGGUGGAGUGAUGAUACACAGGACACCAAGAGAGGUUCUAUUGAAGGAAAUUUAUCAAGCAAAUGAGGUGGAUUCUUCUUCGUCUUCAAAGUCCAUCCAGGAAGAAAUCAAACUGGUGUUUGAAGUUGUACUUCGCUGUACGACGAGCAAACAGACAGAUAGACCUUCAAUGGAAGAAGUUCUAAAGAUUCUUUCAGGAUUGAAACCUGAGAAGAAAUAAGAUUUCACAUGCUUUUUUGUAAGUUAAGUUAGUGUUGGCGUAAGUAGUUUAUAAAAAUGUUGAUAUAUAAUGCCUUUUUUUUUGUUUGUUUUAGAAUGUUAUGUAUACCAAAUUGAUAAUGCUGGAUGCAAACUUCAAGCUACUAAUGAUGUUGUAAAACAUGAUAUUAAA